AUGCAAACAUCGACUAACUAUGAUCAGCAAGCUAAAGAGGAAUUAGAUGCUAUUCGGAAACAAAUUAAUAGAACGACAAAUGAAUCGUUAGAAUCAACACAUCGUAUGGUCAACUUGGUUGUCGAAUCUGAUGAUGCCAGUAAAAAUACAAUGAAAAUGAUUCAAGAGCAAGGUGAACAACUAAAUCGAAUUGAACAUAGCCUUGGUAAUAUUGAUGCUGGUAUGACUGAAGCUGAAAAAAAUUUAACCGAUUUACAAAAAUGUUGUGGUUUAUGUGUUCUACCAUGGAAAGGUGUUCGUCGAACAUAUCGAACAUUUUCAAAUAAGAGUAAAAUAUAUAGUUGUGAAAAAACAUCAAUCAGAACUAUGGAACCUAAACAUAGUGAGACUGCUGGUAAAGAAAUACCUAAAACUGGUUAUAUAACUCGUAUUACAAAUGAUGAUCGUGAAGUAUCAAUGGAAAAUAAUUUACAAGUAGUGAGUAAUUAUAUUGAUAAUUUAAAACAUACAGCAAUUGAUAUGGGUAAUGCACUCACAAAUCAAAAUGAACAAAUUAAACGUAUUACCGAUAAAACUGAUGUCGAAAUUGAACGUGUAAAUGAGGCCAAUGUACAAGCAAAAGAUUUGCUUCAAAAUGGUUAA